AUUUACGAAGGUUGUUCGGAAAGUAAGUUUCCCAUGCAUCUGUUCGCUGAAUGGGUAGGGGUAGCGGCGCAAUCUGAGAGGCGUUGUGUAGCUAUGUUCAAAAGAACCCGUGUAAGAGUUAAUGGUCCGCUGAGGCCAAAUAAUCAAAGGUUUAAAAAAUCGUAUCACGAGAAUAUCACAAAACAUCGAUGUUUGUAACAAGAAAUCGAAUGUAAAAAAAAUCGAUUAUAUCCAUCUCGCUUGCUAGCCGCUAAUCGCAAUCGUUAUCUGCCUGCCCGUGUAAUUGACUAGGCAGCAAGUCAAUGUGUUGUAUGUUGUGAAAAGUUUGAUUUGUUGGUUGAGUAAAAAUAUAUGUUUCAGUGGUUUGAUUUUAGGACAAAGAUAUUAUAUUCAUAUUAAGUCAGCUAUAUUUAUACUUCUACAUUGUAGCUAGGUCGGUGGCCGAUUUCUAAUUAUGUCAGGUUUUUGGAAUCCUGAAGAUCAACCUCCGGGAUAUAAUUAUGGUGGUGGUUAUCAACCUAAUUUCCAGUACAAUAAUGAUGAUAUCACAUUGAACUCUGACCAGUUUACUUUUCAUGAAACCAAUUACUCUGGUAAAAGUGAUUAUGAUUACAGUCAGUUUAAUCAACCUAACCAACAAAUUCCAAAGCAAGCACCCUAUGCUGGAAAUUAUUAUGAUCCUAAUGCCCACGAAAUACCACAUCAACAUGACCAAAAUGAAUUUGAAGAUGAACCUCCACUUUUAGAGGAGUUGGGAAUUGAUCCUGAUCAAAUCGUCAAGAAGAUAUUAGUAGUACUGGAUCCCUUUACAUCAACUGUGCCAAUCGGAGAUUAUGAUUUAGCAGGACCUUUAGCAUUUUGUAUUAUACUCGCUGGAUUUUUGUUGUUAUCUGGUGGAACAGCCCAUUUUGGAUAUGUUUAUGGCCUUGCAAUGACAAGUUGUCUGAUGAUGUAUGCUUUACUGAAUUUGAUGACAGCCAGCAGUGGGUUUACACUGACCUCAGUGGCAUCAGUUCUAGGAUAUGCAUUGCUUCCAGUUGUUGUUCUCUCCGGUGUGGGGGUCUUGUUUACCCUUCAAAAUAUACUAGGACUUGUGUUGUCAGCAAUUGCAGUUGCCUGGUCAAGUCUAGCUGCAUCCCGUAUCUUUGUUACAAUAUCAGCCGAUAGAGGACAGCGACCGUUGAUUGCAUACCCAUGCAUUUUACUUUAUGCUGUGUUUACUUUGUUAGUCAUUUUUUAACAUCUUGCAUAGAUAAGUUACUUAUGUACUGAACAGUGUAAAUAUUGUACCUAGGCUUUAAUGUAAUAGUUUUUUUACUAUAAACUGUGUGGUAAUAAUUAUGGUUUAUAAUGCACCUAUCACCUUUUGACAUGAAUUUUUGUUUUUUAGCCUAUUCUUUUUUCAUGUCUGUAUAAUAGUAAUGUAAAUUACAUAAAUUUUUGGUCUGCAAAAGAUUUAGACAACAAAAGAAAAUAUUUCAUGAAAAUUUAUCUUAUAACAUGACUUAAUUUCAUUAAUUUAUGAAUCAGUCUGAAGUUAUAUUUAUAUUAACAUCUUUUUCAAUUAUACUUCUUAACUAAGAACUGCCAUGGACAUCAUAUUCAUGAUUGGUAAGUAUCUUUUAUAAUCUUUUAAAUUUUAAAAUUCAACCAAAUAAUUAUUAAAUAGCCUAAGGUUAACAUUAAAAAAUUGCUCUUGGAACAUUUCCAAUACUGUUAACCGAAUAUACAAAUAUCUUUAAAUAAAACAAGGUAGAGUGCUGUAAGCUGACCUGGUUUUUAUAUUGAUUAAUAUAAUCACUGAUAAUGUUCAUAUAUCUAAUACGAGUCUGUCAAUCAUCACAUAGGCUAUAUCUAAUCAUAAUAAAAAUUAUAUUUGAAAUUGAAAUAGUUAAUAUAAUACACAUAGUGACAUGUCAUAGAUAAUAAAGGAGCACAAAACAAACAAUUAGAGCUGGAAAUAGGAAAACUCGUAAAUAAUUACAAAGUGAUAACAACAAAAUAAAUAUUUAUAAUAGAAAAUAUGUAUAACUAUUUAUGUUUUCUCCUGGGUAGCAAAGAGAAGUUGUUGGAUCUCUAGAAAACCGUACUUCUCUUCUGUAUAAAUGCAUGAAACAUAGUUUCACGGUACCGUACGAACUUAUGAGUGUGUUAUUGUCUAUGAAAGACAAUCGAAUGAAAAAGUGUUUGAAGUUGAUACAAGUUAGUUUAAAAAUCAGUACCAAUUCAUUAUAUUUAUAAUUAAUUAAUAUAGUUUAUCAACAUCGAUAUAAAAAAUCGGGUCCGCUUAUCGUAAUCUACCCUAAAACCAACUAUUGUUUGUAAUAACUAAAUGCAAAUAUUGUUAAUGUUAAAUAAGUAAUAUAUUGUUACCUAUUUUUAUAACCCUUCUGAGUGCCAAAAGCUAAUUUUAUCAGCAUUAAGGCUGCAGUAUGAUAAGUGGCCACCACGACAUUCGAAUCAGCGAUAUAUCUGAUUGUCAAAAUUACUAAACAAUAAUAAAAAAAGAUGAACUAAAUUACGUUAUAGGUAUUCACUGUUAUAGUGUUUAUUUAUAUCUAAAAAGUAAUAAUUUAAUGAUGAGUUAAAAACUGUCUAUGUGUAUACAAAAAGCAGUGUAAAACCUGCUUAGUAUUUUAAAGGAUGAUGUGUAUCUGACAGCUUGUGACAUAAAUAAGAAAUUUCAUCACCAUUGUUGUUGCGGGCAUUACUCAUAUACCACACAAAUCAUUUUACGUUUUUUUAAUUAAUUUUAAACAAUAUUGUUAAAUUACAUUAAAAACAGGUAACAUUAAAUUAAAAGUAUUUAUAAUCUAUAGUGUGGUUCGCUGAUUCGAUUGUUAUAUUGGCCACUUAUUCUUUAACCAGAAUUACUGAUAUUUGGGAUCACAUUUAAUAUUAUUAGUGACCACUAUAGUAUAAUUAGGCCUACAGUAUACUAUUUGUAUUUUUGUGGUAUCAAAUUAAUGAUCUGCAUUGAUUCAAUUACACCAAAUACAGAUACUUUUAUUUUUAUAGUAAGCAAACUAUGAAGGUCAACAAUCCAUGUCAGCCGUUUUUUUGCAUAGGUUUAUACAUA